AUGCUGAACUUGGGAGAUGGCGGCGACCAGAACCUCAGCACAGCAUCGACUUGGAAAGUCCUUGUCUAUGACAAGUUCUGUCAGGAGGUCGUGUCUCUGCUUCUGAAAGUGGGAGGGCUGCGAAAUCACGGAGUAACCUUGCACUUGAACAUCAACAGCGAAAGGUUGCCCGUUGCAGACGUUCCUGCAGUCUACUUCGUUGAGCCAACGGAGCAAAACAUCCAAAAAAUUGUGGAGGAUUUGUCAAAAAAUCUGUACGAGAGCUGCUAUGUCAAUUUUGCAAGUGCAAUUCCGAGGCCGCUGCUGGAAGAUUUGGCUAACAACGCCUUUCAGACUGGUGGCGCGCAGAAGGUAGCUGGAGUUUUUGACCGAUACAUCUCUUUUGUGUCUUUAUCGCCUACGCUUUUCUCAUUGAAUUUACCGGCAGCUUAUAUGACUCUUCACAGUACACAGCUUGAAGAAAGGGUCAUGCGGCAGUACAUUGAGCGGAUCGUCGACGGUCUACUCUCCAUAGUAGCUACCAUGCGUGUCCUGCCGGUGAUUCGGUGUCCGCCUGGGGAAGCUGCGCAAAUGAUUGCAGAGCGAUUAGAGGAGCGGAUUCGCGAGCUGCUGAAUCGCAGUGGUGGCGUAGCCGCAGAGCUGUUUGCUGCUGCUCGCACUGGUGCAGAGGUGCCCGGUGGCAGUCGGCCGUUGCUAAUUAUCCUGGAUCGAGAUAUCGAUUUGGUGACGAUGCUGAGCCAUACAUGGACUUACCAGGCGAUGGUGCAUGAUGUCCUUGGCAUGAGGCUCAACAAGAUGCAGGUGCCAGUGGAAAGCGAUGAUGCUUCAGCACCUCCGAAAGCUAGGUCAUAUGACGUGGAUGACCAGGACAGCUUUUGGACAGCUCACGCUGGCGACCAGUUUCCUGAGGUUCUCAAUGCAGUACCAAAAGCCAUAGAGGAGUUUGAAAAGAAAAGGGCAGAAAUGGCAAAUACUGGUGGCGAGGACGGCGCGCAGGCUUUAGCGCCUGGGCUGGCCGCUGCCAUCAAUGCCCUGCCAGAGAUGACAGAAAAGAAGAGGAGUAUCGACAUGCACACCAACAUCGCUCAUGCGCUGGUGGCAGAGGUGAAAGCACGCGAACUGGACAGGUAUUACGAGUUGGAGGAUCAGUUGCCCUCGCAGUCCUUGGGUACCUCCAUAUCUCAGCUAGAGCAGCUGCUGAAUGCCUCACAAAAGGGUACUCUGGCAGACAAGCUGAGAGCUAUCAUGAUAUUGGUCUUGACGAAACCCAGUGUUUCGCAGCAGCAGUUGCAGGGUCUAGUAGAUGCGUAUGAGAACACUGGUGGUGAUGCUGCCGGUGUCAGGUAUUUGCAGUACCUGCAGAGCAUUCGAAAUAUGGCGAUGCCCAGCACGACUUCAACUGUAACAACAGGUGGAGCCACUGGGACUCUGGCCGGGGCUUUCGGUGGCUUAGCAGACCGCUUCAUGGCCACUGGUGAUGCAUUGUUAGCUGCCGGAAUGAGUGGCAUCAAGUGGCUUGUGCGGCACCACCGGGUUGGACAUGCUGGACACUGGUUGCUCAAUUUUCGUUUUUGCAGCACUUCUGAGCCUUUGGUCAAGACAUGUCAAGACCAACUGAGGAACAUCGUGGCAUCAAAGAAGGAGCUAGCUACCUGUCAGAUCGUGGAAGCUUUGAUGGAGCAAAAGCAGGGUGGAGUUACAGAGAAUUAUUUGUACCUCGACCCCAAGGCUCCACCAGCACGUGGAGCUGAUGUUCCGCGAAUCCGGGCACCGUUUAAAAGAGCUAUGACCUUCGUAGUAGGUGGUGGGAACUAUGUGGAGCAUCAAAGCUUGCAAGACUGGGCGCAGAACUCUGGUCGGCAGGUUACGUAUGGUUCAACCGACAUAGUCUCACCGGUGCAGUUUGUGGACGAGCUAAGCCACCUGGGCCAAACCCUUGGACAAGGGCAAAGUGGCAGCAUGCCAGACCUUAGCUAG